AUGGGUGCUGAGGAGGAGGUGCAGGUCACAUUAGCAGGGGGAGCACCCUGGGGCUUCCGGCUUCAGGGGGGGGCUGAACAGAAGAAACCUUUACAGGUAUCCAAGAUCCGAAGACGAAGCCAGGCUGGAAGAGCCGGACUCCGAGAGAGGGACCAGCUCUUGGCGAUCAAUGGAGUUUCCUGCACCAACUUCUCCCAUGCCAGUGCCAUGACCCUCAUCGAUGCUUCAGGGCAUCAGCUUGUCCUUACUGUGAGGAGGGUAUCAGAUGAAGGGUCUGUGAGAUCUCCGUCUCCAGGGGGGCUUCGGGUGCUGUCACCCCUAUCUCCACUGAGUCCUGAGCCCCCGGGUGCUCCUGCUCCCCAGGCUUUUCAACCUGGGAGCCUUCGCUCACCUCCUGACAGUGAAGCUUACUAUGGAGAGACAGACAGCGAUGUUGACGGCCCUGCCACACAGGAGAAGCCCCGCCGAACCCGCCGCCGAGGUCCCACAAGGCCCUCCCUUCCAGGAGCCCCACCUGAUGAGGUGUACCUGUCUGACAGCCCUGCAGAACCAGCACCUGCUAAAACUGGCUCUCCCAGCCAGGGUGACAGCCGUGUGAGCUCCCCAUCUUGGGAGGAAGGCACAGCCCUUCAGCCGCCACCAGCGGAAGCACUUCUGUUACCCCAUGGUCCACUGCGGCCUGGUCCUCAUCUCAUCCCUAUGGUGGGUCCUGUCCCCCACCCAGUGGGAGAAGAUCUUACUACCACCUACACCCAGAAGGCCAAGCAAGCCAAACUGCAACGUGCAGAAAGCCUACAAGAGAAGAGCGUGAAGGAGGCCAAGACCAAAUGCCGGACCAUUGCAUCCCUGCUAACAGCAGCCCCCAACCCUCACUCCAAGGGGGUGCUUAUGUUUAAGAAACGGCGGCAGAGAGCCAAGAAGUACACCCUAGUGAGUUUCGGGGCUGCAGCUGGGACAGGAACAGAAGAGGAGGACGGCAUCCCCCCAACGAGUGAGUCGGAGUUGGACGAAGAGGCCUUCUCGGACGCCCGCAGCCUUACCAAUCAAUCCGACUGGGACAGCCCUUAUCUGGACAUGGAGCUGGCCAGGGCUGCUUCAGGAACAACAGAGAGUCAGAGCUCCGGGCUGGGAGGGAAGUUGAGCGAGGUCUCUGGGCGAGGGGUUCAGCUCUUUGAACAACAGCGCCAGCGGGCCGCCUCCAGUACCCAGGAGCUGACUCAGGUGGGCCCAGCAGCCAUGCUAAAUGGGCAGGGUCUGCAGUCACCACCUCGCGCUCAGAGUGCUCCCCCAGAGGCAGCUGUGCUCCCACUCGGGCCUUUGCCGGCCCCUACAGCCAACCCUAGCCCCUUCUUCCCGGAUGGUGGAGCCCCCAGCCCAGCGCCAAGUAUCUUUAACAGGUCAGCGAGGCCUUUUACCCCAGGUUUACAAGGACAAAGGUCAGGUACCACCUCAGUGAUUUUCCGGCCCUUAGCCCCUAAGAAGGUGAAUGAAGGACUGCGAGCCACCAGCCCUGCCCCGUCCCCCUUCGUGACCCCUCUUCAGGGGCCCACCUCUCUGCCCAGCUUCACCACAGUGGUGCCCGGCCACACGUCGGUCCCCGGGGCUCCCAUCACCCCACGCUCCUCCGGUCCUGUAACCGCUACCAGCUCCCUGUACAUCCCAGCCCCGAGCCGGCCCGUCACGCCAGGAGGCGCCCCAGAGCCUCCCACUCCUCCAAGCGCGGCUGCCAUGACCUCCACCGCUUCCAUUUUCUUGUCCGCGCCCCUGAGAAGCUCUGUGCGCCCGGAGGCGCCGGGUCCCGUGGUCCCCGAGUCUGUCAGCGCUCGGGAGCAGCGCAUCUCUGUGCCAGCUGCCCGCACUGGCAUCCUGCAGGAGGCCCGACGCCGGGGCACCCGGAAGCAGAUGUUCCGGCCGGGAAAGGAAGAGACGAAGAACUCGCCCAACCCGGAGCUGCUAUCGCUGGUGCAGAACCUGGAUGAAAAACCUCGAGCGGGUGGUGCGGAAUCUGGUCCAGAGGAGGACGCUUUAAGCCUCGGAGCCGAAGCCUGUAACUUUAUGCAGCCACUAGGGGGCAGGAGUUACAAGACCUUGUCUCAAGUGGCACCGAAAACCCCGCCUCCAAUGGCUCCCAAAACCCCACCCCCCCCCAACCCNNNNCCCCCCCCCCCUGUGCCUCCUCCCCCCGCCUCUCGAGGGCUCCUUGAUGGGCUAGUGAAUGGGUCGACCCCUCUGGCUGGAAUCCCUGAGCUCCCAAGGCUGCAGGGGAGGGGUGGGGAGCUUUUUGCCAAGAGGCAAAGCCGUGCGGAUAGGUACGUGGUGGAAGCUACACCUGGCGCUAGCCUUAACCAUGGCUUUCGUCCUAGAAGUCCUUCUCCCACACCCUCACUGCCCCCAUCGUGGAAAUACUCACCCAACAUCCGUGCCCCGCCCCCUAUUGCUUACAACCCACUCCUCUCACCCUUUUUCCCCCAAGCUGCCCGAACUCUCCCCAAUAAGGCCCAAUCCCAGGGUCCUCGGGCGACCCCCAAGCAGGGCAUCAAGGCUCUGGAUUUCAUGCGACAUCAGCCGUACCAACUUAAAACUGCCAUGUUCUGUUUUGACGAGGUUCCUUCAACUCCUGGCCCCACUUCAGGUCCUCCCAAAACUGCCCGAGUCCAGGAGAUCCGCAGAUUCUCCACUCCGGCACCCCAGCCCACUGCAGAACCCUUGGCUCCCACUGUGCUUGCCCCCAGAGCGGCUACCACAUUGGACGAACCAAUUUGGAGGGCAGAGCUGGCCUCACCCCCUGUCCCUAACCCAGACUAUCCUCAAGAGUCUCCCAGGAGCUUUGCCGCCACCCCCAGCUCCUGCGGUUUCCAGGUAGCCAGGCCCCGGUUCUCAGCCACCAGAACAGGGUUGCAGGCUCAUGUGUGGAGGCCUGGGGCAGGGCACCAGUGAACAGGGAAUAGGUCCCAGGACCAAGUAAUGGAACUUAAGAGUCCCAGAAGUUUCUUCGGCUUUAUCCUACCGGCUUUUUCUCCCCGUGUCGCCUCUUGCCGGAGAUAGCGUUCUCCUUCAGUUUCCCCAACUCCCUACUGCUGCUUUUUAACCUAUUAUCUCUGUUUUGAUAUCUUCUCUGUAUUUCUCUGCCGGGAUCUCUGGUUUCUCCACCCUGAGGUCUCAGGUCUUUUUCUUUUUCUUUUCACUUUCAUUUGCAUUUCUCUCUGUGGGCAGCACUUUAGCGUUAGGCAAAAAGCUCACCACCAGGCAAGCAACCCAGGUACUGAACCCCUCCACACUCCUCACUCGGUGUGUGUCUAUGUGUGUGUGUGUGUGUGUGUGUGUGUUUGCGUGUGUGCGUGCAGAUGUGCUUUCACAAAUGUGUGUGGUUAGGAUCUGCUCUGGAAAGGCAUCAAAUAACCAUACAUGUGCGCUUCUCUGGAGACAAAGUAAGAGGGGAGUUCUUUUCCUUCUACUGGAAGGGUCAGAUAGCUCCACAGGGAGUCCUUCAGGGAACAAGAGUUUAACUGAGGAAAAGCCCCUAGAAGAGGACUGUCUGUAGCAGAGACACAGCAUUGUGAUACUAAUGAGUCUGACAGUUUUCAUGGGUGUGAGUUAGACAAGCUAGACCUGGAAUAAGACUAGGAAUUCUAUUUCUUUGAAUUUCAAGGAGUUAGCAACCAGGGUCCUGUGCUGAGCAAGUCAGUAUCCAGAAAGUAAAAAAAGAAAAUUUCUUCUGAACUGCUGAAGACAAAAAGGAUGGUGAAUAGAGACAGAGUGGAUGGGGAGAGUGAGGCAAAAACCAGGAGCAGGGCUGACGUGAGUGAACGUGACCAAAAAAAGGGAGAGAGUAAAGUUGGGCAAAGAGAAACACCUAUGUGUGAGGGAGCAUUGAGGGGCAGUCUGAGCCCAGGAGAAUGCAUGCAUUUGUCAGAGCAAAGGUGAGGACGUGUGCUGAAUGUUGGAGUUUGGUGGCUGUCAAUCUGGCCUUCCCCGGCUGCAACUAACCCUGACUACCUGGGAAAGGCAGGGAGACACCGGGCCCAACCCUCUUGUUUGUCCCACCCUACCCAAGGAAGCCCAGCUUUUCUUCCUGUUUAGCUUCAGGUCCUAAUUUCUGUUCCCAGAAGAGUAAGGACUCUGCUUCCAUGAAGACCACCGCCAGCCAUACUUGCUGUUUGACCUGGAAAUUGAUCUUUUCCUUUGCAAUGUUGGGUGCCACAAUUCUUUGGUUUGUGCACAAGAAUAAAAGCAUGCCCACACCUUC